CUGAGAGGCCGGGCCGGGGGAAGGGGUGGUGGUCCGUUAUCCGCGUUGGUCUCUGGCCGCUGUGGCUGUGCUUUCUCUUCUGUGCACGGGAAGCUGUUCAGGCUGGAGGCCAGCCAGCUCUUGCCGCCGCCUCGGUAGCGGUAGCGAUGGGGGCGCAGGACCGGCCGCAGUGCCACUUCGACAUCGAGAUCAACCGGGAGCCGGUUGGUCGCAUUAUGUUUCAGCUCUUCUCGGACAUAUGUCCAAAAACGUGCAAAAACUUCCUUUGCCUAUGCUCAGGGGAGAAAGGCCUUGGGAAAACAACUGGCAAGAAGUUAUGUUAUAAAGGUUCUACAUUCCAUCGUGUGGUUAAAAACUUUAUGAUUCAGGGUGGGGACUUCAGUGAAGGUAAUGGAAAAGGUGGAGAAUCAAUUUAUGGUGGAUAUUUUAAAGAUGAAAACUUUAUUCUCAAACAUGACAGAGCGUUCCUUUUGUCAAUGGCAAAUCGAGGGAAACAUACCAAUGGUUCCCAGUUUUUCAUCACCACAAAACCUGCUCCGCACCUGGAUGGGGUGCAUGUUGUCUUUGGACUAGUUAUUUCCGGUUUUGAAGUAAUUGAACAAAUUGAAAAUCUGAAAACUGAUGCUGCAAGCAGACCUUAUGCAGAUGUGCGAGUUAUUGACUGUGGGGUGCUUGCCACGAAAUCAACAAAGGAUGUUUAUGAGAAAAAAAGGAAGAAACCAUCUCAUUCAGAAGACUCGGAUUCCUCUUCCAAUUCCUCUUCCUCUUCAGAGUCAUCCUCAGAAAGUGAGAUUGAACAUGAGAGAAGCAGAAGAAGGAAACAUAAGAGGAGGCCAAAAGUUAAACAUUCUAAAAAGAGACGAAGGGAAGCAAGCAGUUCGGAAGAGCCAAGGAAUAAACAUGCAGUGAGCCCACAAGGUCACUCUGAGAGAAGUGAUACCAAUGAAAAAAGGUCUGUCGAUUCACAUGCUAAAAGGGAAAAGCCUGUGGUCCGCCCAGAAGAAAUACCCCCAGUGCCUGAGAACCGAUUUUUACUGAGAAGAGAUAUGCCUCUUGUCACGGUGGAACCUGAACCGAAGAUUCCUGAUGCUGCACCCAUUGUAAGUGAUCAGAAACCAUCUGUAUCAAAGUCUGGACGGAAGAUUAAAGGAAGGGGCACGAUUCGCUAUCACACACCUCCAAGAUCAAGGUCCUGUUCUGAAUCCGAUGAUGAUGAUAGCAGUGAGACUCCACCUCACUGGAAGGAGGAAAUGCAGAGACUGAGAGCAUACAGACCGCCUAGUGGAGAAAAGUGGAGUAAAGGAGAUAAGUUAAGUGACCCCUGUUCAAGCCGAUGGGAUGAAAGAAGCUUGUCCCAAAGAUCAAGAUCGUGGUCUUACAAUGGAUAUUAUUCAGACCUUAGUACAGCAAGACACUCGGAUGGUCACCAUAAAAAACGCAGAAAAGAGAAAAAGGUUAAGCAUAAAAAGAAAGCUAAAAAGCAGAAACAUUGCAGAAGACACAAACAGACUAAGAAGAGAAGGAUUAUUGUACCAUCUGACAUAGAAUCCUCAAAAUCUUCCACCCGACGAAUGAAAUUCUCUUGUGAUAGAGAAAGGAGAUCUCGUUCUUCCUCAUUAUCCUCUCAUCACUCAUCAAAGAGGGACUGGUCUAAAUCUGAUAAGGAUGACCAGAGCUCCUCCACCCAUUCCAGCAGAGACUCAUACAGGUCAAAAUCUCACUCACAGUCUUACUCUAGAGGAAGCUCAAGAUCAAGGAGCCCAUCGAAAUCCUCAUCACAUUCUCGAAGUAGAUCUAAGUCCAGAUCUAGUUCCAAGUCAGGGCACCAACGGGCAGCAUCAAAAUCGCCAAGAAGAACAGCCUCUCAGCUAAGUGAAAAUAAACCAGUUAAAACGGAACCUUUACGAGCAACAGUGCCACAAAAUGAAACCAUCGUAGUACAACAGCCAGUGGUGGCAGAACAUAUUCCUGUGAUACCACUGAGUGACAGUCCCCCUCCUUCAAGGUGGAAGCCUGGACAGAAGCCCUGGAAGCCCUCUUAUGAGAGAAUUCAGGAAAUGAAAGCAAAAACAACCCAUUUGCUGCCCAUCCAAAGCACUUACAGUUUAGCAAAUAUUAAAGAGACUGGUAGUUCAUCAUCCUACCAUAAAAGAGAAAAAAAUUCAGGAAGUGAUCGGAGCGCUUAUUCAAAAUACAGUGAUAGAAGUUCAGAAAGUUCCCCAAGAUCAAGGAGCAGAUCCUCUAGGAGUAGAUCUUAUUCCAGGUCGUACACAAGGUCACGAAGUGUAGCUAGUUCACAUUCGAGGUCUAGAUCUCCGUCAUCUAGAUCUCAUUCACGAAAUAAGUACAGUGAUCAUUCACAGUGUAGUAGAUCAUCUUCAUACUCUUCUGUUAGCAGUGAUGCUGGAAGACGAGCCAAGAGAACAUUUAGAUCCAGUGGGAAAAAGAAUAGUACUUCAAGUAAGAGACGCAGCAGCAGCUCUGAAAAAGCACUUCGCAAGAAAUAUGCCAAAGGCCGAGACAAGUCUUCAUGUCAGAGAAAGUAUAGCGAAAGCAGGUCAUCUUUAGAUUAUUCUUCAGACAGUGAACAGUCAAGUGGUCAGGUGACACAGUCAGCCCAGGAAAAAGAGAAGCAAGUCCAAAUGGAAGUGAAUAAUAAACAAGAGAAGAACAGAGAUGGAGAGAAAUCCAAGCCUGAACGAGAAUGCCCUCGUUCAAAAAAAAGAACUUUGAAAGAGAAUCUUUCUGAUCACUUUAGAAAUGGCAGUAAACCCAAAAAGAAGAAUUAUUCUGGGAGUAAAUGGGACUCGGAGUCAAAUUCUGAACGAGAUGUAACUAAAAACAGUAAAAAUCAUUCCCUGCCAUCUUCUGAUAAGGAGGAAGGUGAGGCCACAUCAGACUCUGAAUUAGAGUUUGGUGAAAUUCACAUCAAAGCCAAACCCACAACAAAGUCUUCAGCAAAUACUUCACUGCCUGAUGGUGAUGGUGCGUGGAAGUCAAGCAAACAGCGCUCAUCAGCCUCUGAUUCUGAGGGGUCCUAUUGCAAUUCAGAAAACCCUAGAGGAAAGCCGCGGAAGCACAGACACGGGCCAAAGGAAAAUCUUAAAAGGGAACACACGAAAAAAGUAAAAGAGAAAAUGAAAGGGAAAAAAGACAAGAAACACAAGGCUCCAAAACGAAAACAAGCAUUUCACUGGCAGCCUCCACUAGAAUUUGGUGAAGAGGAGGAGGAGGAGAUUAAUGACAAGCAAGUGACUCUGGAGUCACAAGAGAAAAAACAAGUUCCUGAAAACAGUGAAACCGCAAAGGAAGAUAUCCCCCAGACUGAGAAGCCCUGUGAAGACAGCAGCCUUUCAGACAAGCAGAAUACAGUAACGAUUUCAUCGGACACUGAACAGCCUGCUAAAGGUGAUAGUAAACCCAGCAUUUCUCCCAUACUUUUAACUGCUGAGGAAAAUGUCACCAGUUCUCCCCCAGACAGUCAGCAUAUUGAAGAAAGUGUCCCAAGCAGAGGGGAGGACGUGUUUCAAGCAGAUGACAACAUGGAGAUUUGCACGUCUGAUAGGAGUUCCCCAGCGAAGGUGGAAGGAGCGUCCCCUCUAGGAAAUUCAAGGCUUGACACCCCAGAUACAGGCAUUGUUGUAAAGCAGGAAAUGCAGACAGAGCAUCCCGAGGCAGAGGUGGGGAAACAGGAAAGCAGCUUGUCUGAAAGCCCCACUGUGGGGGAGGUGGGGAAGCCGGACAGCAGCUCUGCAGGCUCAGCCAGUGCUAUGGAAAGCGCAGUGAGCAAGGAGGUGGCUGAAAGGGCCCAGGUCAGCCUCCUGGAUAAUAAGUGGAAGCCCCUGCAAGGGGUGGGGAACCUGGCAGCAUCAGCGGCCACCACAUCCAGUGCCAUGGAAGUUAAGGUAUUGACUGCUGUGCCUGAAAUGAAGCCACAAGGCUUGAGAAUAGAAAUCAAAAGCAAAAAUAAAGUUCGGCCUGGGUCUCUCUUCGAUGAAGUAAGAAAGACAGCACGUUUAAACCGGAGGCCAAGAAAUCAGGAGAGUUCAAGUGAUGAGCAGACGCCAAGUCGGGAUGGUGACAGCCAGUCCAGGAGUCCAAGUCGAUCUCGAAGCAAGUCUGCAACCAAAUCAAGACACAGAACAAGGUCUGUCUCCUACAGUCACUCAAGAAGUCGAUCUCGAAGUUCCACAUCAUCUUAUCGAUCAAGAAGCUACUCCAGAAGUCGGAGCAGAGGCUGGUACAGCAGAGGCCGAACAAGAAGCCGGAGCAGUUCCUCCCGCAGCUACAAGAGCCAUAGGACGUCCAGCAGGAGCAGGUCCAGGAGCAGCUCGUAUGAUCCCCACAGUCGGUCCAGCAGGUCCUACACUUACGAUAGCUACUACAGCAGGAGUCGCAGUCGCAGUCGCAGCCAGAGGAGUGACAGCUACCACCGAGGCAGAAGCUACAACAGGCGGUCCAGGAGUUGUAGAUCUUACGGCUCCGACAGUGAAAGUGACCGAAGUUACUCUCAUCACCGGAGUCCCAGUGAAAGCAGCAGAUACAGUUGAAAUGUCCCCCUUUUUGAUACGAAUUAUAUCUUAUUUGUAAAUAUCUGGUAACUUAAAAGUUUAAAAAACUUAAUGGCAGUCUGUUGUUCUGUUUCAAUAUUAGAGAUGAAUUUAAAAAAUAGACACUUCUUAAUUGUUAUUUGUUCAUUUACUUGUGCACAGAAUUUAAAAUACAGAUAUGUCUCCUAAAAUAUUUUUAUGCCACAUUUUACAGUAGCCAACUAUGGAAGUUAAUUUCAUUUUCUUGAAUCAAGAAACCAUGAAAUUUUAGUAUAAUUUGCAAUAUUAUUUUAGAUAGACUUUUUCUCUCCAUCUCAUGUAUUCCUUAGAAUACAGAUUCUUUUUGCCCAUUUUUCAGAUUUUAGUGUGUUGCUGCCAAGCACAGACCUGUGGAAGAGAACUUUUAAAGGUGGCCAAAUGUUUAUAUACUGAUUACAGAGUCUAAUACUUAUGUGCUCUUAAAAACAAACCACCCAGACUGAUGCUGAUGGUAGCCAGGAGUAGGAGGCAGUGGCUUUGGGGCUCUUGCUCGUUCCUUCUUUGUUGUCUUGGAGCAGGAAAGUGGUCAUCACACAUCCGCGUCUAUUACUUCAUGCUGGCAGGCGAGGUUCAGAAGAAUAAAUCAGCCUUAACUCUUAAGUACCUGCACUGGCUCUGAGGACCUAAUGUUUUAUGUGCUUUCUAGUAAGUACUUUCAGAAGUUCAGCCUGUGCAAACUAAGUCUGCUCCACUUCACCCAUGGUGCUUGGUGCCUUUUGGUGCCUCUGAAGCAUUGUUCUUCUGUCUGAUACAUUACAGUCUCAGGAGAGAGCAGUUAAAACAUUGUGUUCACUGGCACCGAUGGUUCCUUCUGAGCUGUGUUCACUUGGAAUAAUUGGAGGGAUUCUCUCAAGCCACAGAAGUGGGCUGGGGGUCUCCUGGGCCAGGCAGGAUUGGCAUUAGGGACUGUGCGGCCACUCGGGUCUACUGCACAUGGCUGACAUGUAUGCCUCUGGAAGAGUGGAUUGAAGAAGGGACUUCAAAAGUAACACCAAACUGUAACUGCCACCGUCCUGGACAUUUUGGGGGCUUUUUAGUUUUUCAAGAGAUAGAUAGUAGAACGGUUCUAAGCGCCAGCACAUUUUCCCUGGUUCCGCUGUGCCCCCCACUGACUGAAGCCUGGCACGAUAAGUAAACAGGACAGCAGACAGGGAGAGGGUUUGGGACUGCACGAAGUACACAUUUUCACAGUUCCGGGUGGUUUCUCCAAAAAUGGUUUGACCUGUAAAAACCAGUGUGAUUUUUUUGUUUUUUGUUCUUUUUUAAUCUAGUUGGAGUUUUUCCACAAGUGUACUUAAUCACCAUAGUGCCAGUUUAGUCCAGUUAUGCAGAAGAAAUUCAUAUUGGAUGUUUGAUGUAGAACUCUGUGCCAUCCUACCCCAGGUGCACUUGGGAAGGGGAAAGAGCCCUCAGUUGGAGGGACCUGACAACCCUUGAUGGGUGGAGGGAUGACCUUGGAUUUUUCAAACCAUUACCCAUAAAAGGUUCAUAAACAGGGUUAAGGGGUCAGUUGUUUGCCAAGUUGAUAGAUGAGAGUACAUUAGAAAACAGGACCAAAGUCAGACAAAUGUACUUCCUAGUGAAUAAAACAUGUGAUUCAUAUGAAGGGUUUUCAAAAGUUGCCUGCAAUGCAGAAUAUUGCUUUAAUAAAACUCAGUGGAAAAAAACUGCAUUCAGAACCCAAACAAAAACUGCCAAAUCUAAUUAUGUUAAGAAAAACUACCCUUAGGCAGUGUAUUGGUUUUCUAUUGCUUUGUAAAUAAUUACCCCAAAUUUAGCAGCUUAAAACAAUACCCAUUCCUUAGCUCACAGUUCUAUAGCUCAUAAUCUGGCUUGGUUGGCUGGAUUCUCUGCUCAGGGUCUCACAAGGCGAAACCAAGGGUCCGCAGGGCAGCGUUCCUGUGUGGAGGCUCUAGGGAAGAAGCUGCUUCCAAGUUCAUUCAGGUGGUUGGCAGUGUUCUGUUCCUGUCAGGGGCCUUAGCUCCUUAAGGCGGGUCAAAUUCUGUGUGCGCUCCCCUUCAACUUCAAACCAGCCAUGGCCCAUCGAGUCCUCAUGCUUCAGACCUCUCUGCCUUCCUCCUGUUUUCAGGUUCACAUGAUUAGAUCAGACCCACUGAGCUAGUCCUCCCUAUUUUAAGGUCAUACAACAUAUCACAGGAGCCAUGCCCUGUUCACAGGCUCCUGGGUUGGGGCAUGGAAUGGAGCAGGGGCAUUUUAGAAUUGUGCCGACCACAGGCACUGGCGUUGCCCAUGGGGUCCCGGGGGGAGUUUAUCCUGAGAAGGUGAGCCCUGGAAGCUUCAUUUUUCUCCAUGGAAAAGAACAGCCCUCAGCUGCAGCCUUCAACUUGUGUGUUUACUGAAUGAACUACAGAGACAGCUUUCUUCCUAAGGGGAUUAUUCUGUAUUUUAAGUUAUUUUUUAAUAAAAUCGAAUUAUGUUGUGUAUUGUGCUUCUUAAUAGAAAAUGCAUUAUUGGACUGUUUUUUGUAACAUCCUAUUUACUGCAAAUGAAACAUGAUAGAGCUGGUAUUGUUUAAAAACUAGAAAAUACUUUUGUACAUAUCGGCAAUGUGUAAUUUGUAUACACUUCAUUUAAAUUCCCCAAAACAUG